CCUUUGAGGCUUCUAUUAUCAAAUGCCUUCAAAACCAUGUUUAGUGUUAGAUUGAGCUUGCUAUAUUGUAAUUUCCUUAUGGACUGAUAACCUGUUGGAUAUGCUAAUUCAGGACAAGUAUUUUCUUCUUAUCUUUCUCUGUUGAUUCUCAUUGGCAUGCAUGAAAUUGCAUUCAUUGAUAGUGUUAGUUAUUUUAGUACCCAUAAAUGAUGAUGGUCCACUUCAGUUUAAUAACCAAAACGACACCGUUUGGAGGGCGUGUGAAAACGUGCUUAUAUUUUAUUAAUUCCUCAGACGUUGGUUGGAGAAGAAACUGACGAAUCCAAGUAUUCCAUGCCAUCCAACGCCUACAUUUUUUUGUCGCAUCAGUUUGGUGCAAAGUUCGUUUCUGGUACCCAUCCAUUGACGUACCCCUCUUCUCUUUGUCUCUCGUCUCGGGUGCUGCCUUCGAUUCCUUUGCCUCCGUCGGAGCCACAAUGCUUUUCAUGGCACGGGCACUCGUUGACCUCGCCGUCGCAACCGUCGCUUUCUUCCUCCUCUUUCUUCUCUCCCAAUCAAAUCCUUCCACGUCACCUCCACUCCUUCUCCCUCCACCUCACCAUGGCGCCCGUCCCGCCAUGAUCCUCCCUCUCUUUCCUUCUCCCAAGAAUUCCUCUAGAACAUUCUCCAACUCUCCUCGUCACCUCCUGAGAUCCGACUCUCACUCUUCCCAUCCCAACGCUCGAAUGCGACUCUACGACGAUCUCCUCCUCAACGGGUAUUACACUACGCGGCUAUGGAUCGGGACACCUCCACAGAGAUUUGCGCUUAUAGUGGAUACUGGAAGUACUGUUACUUACGUUCCUUGCGCUACUUGUGAACAAUGCGGUAGACAUGAGGAUCCAAAGUUUGAGCCGGAUUUGUCCAGCACUUACAAACCUGUAAAGUGCAAUUUGGAUUGCAAUUGUGACAAUGACAGGGUGCAAUGUAUUUAUGAGAGACAGUAUGCUGAAAUGAGUAGCAGUAGUGGUGUCCUCGGUGAGGAUAUCAUGUCGUUUGGGAAUCAAAGUGAACUUAUGCCCCAGCGUGCUGUUUUUGGUUGCGAAACUGAGGAAACUGGUGACCUUUACAGUCAACAUGCUGAUGGAAUUAUGGGAUUGGGACGUGGUGAUCUCAGCAUUGUUGACCAGCUUGUUGAAAAAGGUGUGAUUAGUGAUUCGUUCUCAUUAUGUUAUGGUGGGAUGGAUAUUGGUGGGGGUGCUAUGGUUCUUGGUGGUAUAUCUGCCCCAUCAGACAUGGUCUUUAGUAAUUCAGAUCCUGAACGCAGUCCAUAUUACAACAUUGAUUUGAAAGAGAUACAUGUAGCGGGGAAGCAGCUACCUUUGGAACCAAAUGUCUUUGAUGGAAAGUAUGGAACUGUUUUGGAUAGUGGUACAACAUAUGCGUAUCUGCCUGAAGCUGUAUUUGCAGCGUUUAAGAAUGCUAUUAUUAAGGAACUUAACAGCUUAAAGCAGAUCCGUGGCCCUGAUCCAAAUUACAAUGAUAUAUGCUUUUCUGGUGCUAGCAGUGAUGUCUCUGAACUCUCUAAAAUGUUUCCAACAGUUGAAAUGGUAUUUGACAAUCAGCAAAAAUUAUUACUGUCACCUGAGAAUUACUUGUUUCGGCAUUCAAAGGUGCACGGUGCAUAUUGCCUUGGGAUCUUCCAAAAUGAAAAGGAUCCUACUACUCUUCUGGGAGGGAUCAUUGUGCGCAACACCCUUGUUACGUAUGACCGUGAGCAUUCAAAGAUUGGUUUCUGGAAGACUAAUUGUUCUGAGCUUUGGGAAAGGCUUCACACACUAUCACCAUCUCCUUCAUCUUCAAGCGGGAAGGAUAAUUCAACUGUGGAAUUGCCACCUACAUCAGCUCCUGAUGGACCAUCACGAUAUGCUCUUCCAGGGGAAAUUCAAAUUGGUGAAAUUAAAUUGGAUAUGUCAUUGAGCGUCAACUACUCAUAUCUAAAGCCUCGCAUCAACAAACUUGCUGAGUUGAUUGCUAAGGAGUUAGAUGUUAAUGCUUCACAGGUCCAUUUAUUGAAUUGUACAUCCAAAGGAAACAACAGUUCUCUUGUCAGAUUGGCCAUAGUCCCUACAGGAACCUACAUUUCUAAUGUUACUGCCAUAAGUAUAAUAUCUCGGCUUGCUGAACAUCGUGUGAGGCUUCCUGAUACUUUGGGAAAUUAUCAGUUGGUGCAAUGGAAAGUUGAGCCUUUUGUGCAACAGACAUGGUGGCAGCUACAUUAUUUUGUUGUUCUGUUGGCUAUUAUCAUCGCAAUAAUCGUUGGAUUAUCAGUUUCUGGAAUGUGGAUUAUAUGGAGACGCAGGCAACAAUCGCUCAAUUCAUAUAAACCUGUUGAUGCAGCUGUACCAGAGCAAGAACUCCAGCCACUAUGAUCUUAAAAAGCUAACUUUUGCUCGGUUAUUAUGCGGAAAGAAGACUUUUUCCUUGGACUUGGGCUACGGGUUCUGCACCAAUACAGGUUAAUGGUCUAAAGUUUUAUUGGAUGACAGGGAUCUUCGCUUUUUUGCUUAUCGUUUCAAGAUAAGAAUUCCUUAACUAAAUUUGUAUGUGAAUAAUAUUUUAACAUGCAAAGUGAAUCAGAAAAGCUCGUCAACAUAUAAAUAUGGUUUUGAUUUACAAAACUAUUGCUGUUGAGUUUACUUUUAGUAGUUAAAAAUUGAAUUGGGGUUCGCUUCUUCCAUUUAAAUAUAUGUCAAAAUAACUAUAUCUUGGUUUAUCUUGUGUCUUCAUGGAAAAACGAGAACAAGCAUGUUGCACUUUCGUACUGAGCCAAGAAACCGAUGACAUUUCAGUUCCCACCCAGAGAAAUCCUACGGUUCUUGUGUUCUUUUUCCAAGCAUGAAGCCAGCCAGGUGAGCAUUUCAGGAUCCGAAAAGCUGCUGUAUUUUGGUACAAAAUGAGUCAAAGUCA